AUGUCCGCCCGCUCGACCAGACGACGAUCCGCGCGCAACCGCGACGCUGCCGCCCUGUCCGCGUCCGACGAUGAACACCAGCCCCAGACCAAUGGCGCCGUCACCAUGAAUGGCAACGGCUCUGCCCACGCCCACGUUCACGUCGUCGCUAGAAGCUCCGACGAGGACAAGGAUGAGGAGCGCGAAAACAUCUUUCUCUUCUGGCCCAAUCUCAUCGGCUACUCGCGAAUCGUCCUCGCCAUCGCCUCGCUCUACUACAUGCCCCUCCAUCCGCGAACCUGCGCGUUCCUCUACAGCAUCUCGUGCCUGCUCGACGCCCUCGAUGGUUACGCUGCCCGCGUCUUUGAGCAGUCGACCCGCUUCGGCGCCGUCCUCGACAUGGUUACCGAUCGCUGCACAACCUCGUGCCUCCUCGUCUUCCUCUCCUCUGCCUUCCCCCGCUGGGCCAUUCUCUUUCAAGCCCUCAUCGCCCUCGAUUUCUCCAGUCACUACAUGCACAUGUAUGUUACGCUUGUCGUUGGCGGCGCCGACUCGAGCCACAAGAACAUUGACAAGAGCAAGAGCUGGCUUUUGAACCUCUACUACACCAACAGGACUGUCCUCUUCAUCUUCUGCGGUCUCAACGAGCUCUUCUUCAUCGCUCUCUACCUCCUCUCCUUCUCCUCGCCACUCCUCUCCCCUCACCUCAUCAGGUCGGUCGAGGAGUCGAGCGGCACCCCUAUCCAAGCCGGCGCCCCCAUGAACGCCUCGCUGCUCAAGCAGUUCUUCCCCGACCCCUACAGCGCCGCCGCCCUCGAGCUCGCCCGCGCCAACAAGAUGGAUUCCACCGUUCCCUGGAUCCUCGCCGGCAUCAGCUUUCCUAUCAUGUUUGCCAAGAACGUCAUUAAUGUCGUCCAGCUGGUAAAGGCCAGCAGGUGGCUCGCCGAGGUCGAUAUUCAGGCCCGCAAGGCCCAGGGACUUCCUCGCAAGCCCAAAUCCAAGCGUGUGUAG